AUGGCCCCCCUCAAGCCAUCCUGGAAGCAGCCCUCCCACCCCGACGUCCAACAAGUCGUCGUCAGCGGUGCCGACUUCAUGACCAAGAGCUUGUCCAAAGUGACGGUGCCGCCUUUUGGCCUGUUCGUCAAAUUGGAGUUCCCCCCUUGCACCUUGGCCAACGAACCCACCUAUGCUACCGUGCAGAUGGGCAAAGACGAGCAUCUGAACCUCAACAGUGACUUGCUCUACAUCAAUCACUCGUGUGAGCCUUCUCUUCAUUUUGAUAUGCGAAACAUGAAGAUUGUGGCAGGACCCAAGGGUCUUAAGCCUGGAGAUGAACUCACCUUUUUUUACCCCUCCACCGAAUGGAGCAUGGCCCAGCCGUUUGAAUGCUUUUGCGGUAAGCCAACUUGCAAGAAGAUCAUCACUGGUGCCAAGGACAUGCCCUCCCAGCUACUUGAUGGUCUCUGGCUCAAUGACCACAUCCACGAGCUUCUGGACGAGCAGGAGCUGCUUCAGCACCAUGGCUCCUUGGCUGAGAAUGGCGGCCUUGGAUUGCUGCGCCGUGGAAUAACGUCACGAGAACUGAGUGGAGAGAUGGGCGGCGAUACUAUCGCCAAGGCAUGAUGCUAGCGGCCUCUGUAUUCAAUGGUGAUUGCGUCAUUGAAAAAGAGGUCUGGUAGCUCAUAAGGAUUCAACAUCCAAAAGGCUACCGAAUAUAUGGGGAAGAGAAAACGGGAAAAAAAAGAGAGAAAAAAAAAAGAUUGGGAUUGCUCACCAAAUAUUUAGAAAAUGAUUUAAAAAAUUAUAUAGGUACAUGAAACUGAUUGCACGUAUUGCAAAGCAGACAGGGAGGAAAAGGGUUGUUUGUACAAGAAGAUUAAGCAUAAGAAAUUCAACAUCUUAACAC